CGUAAUGCAGCAAAAUGUAUUAUCCUUCAUUUGUUUCAAUGCUUUCUGUUUACAGACUGCACCGGGAUCAAGGUUACCCUGGGCGUGACUUGUUGGACGUGAUUUAGCUAGUUUUACCAAUAUUCCAAGAUGGAUGUUGAUAAAGUGCGCAUGGAGAAGUUGGAGAAGUUAAAGGGGAUGAGUGACCAAGUGCGCAUCGGUGGCAAAGGUACAGCUCGACGGAAGAAAAAAGUAGUUCAUAAGAAUGCUGCCGCCGAUGAUAAAAAACUUCAAAGUUCACUAAAGAAACUAAACCUCAAUACUAUCCCAACCAUAGAAGAGGUUAACAUGUAUAAACCAGAUGGAACUAUGAUUCACUUCAAGAAUCCAAAAGUUCAAGCAGCUCCACAAGCUAAUGUAUUCGCAGUUUCUGGACAAGCUGAAUAUAAAACACUAAAUGAUUUGUUCCCAAAUAUGCUUAAUCAAUGGGAGACAGCAAAAUUACGAUUGGCAAAAAUGAAUGAAAACUCAAAAACAGAUUCAAAGGCAGAUGAUGGAGACGAUGAUGUACCAGAGCUUGUGGAAGAUUUUGAUGAGAAAAGUCGUUUGGAAUAGUUUAAUAAUUAACAAAUGUACAUUGAGUGAAUGUGUAUGACUCAGUCAUUACUUUGCAAUGAAAGUCACUCAGUACACCAAUUGUAAUGUACAAUGUUUGUUUUUAAUUACUUCUCACAGCUUUUUUCUCUGGUCCCAUUUACUAGUUGUGCAUUGUCAAUCUGUUCUGGUAAUAUUCAUUUUGUUUGACAAAAUGUCUUAUAAAUGAAAUAAACAAUUCAAUUAUGUAUCGACUAGAAUCAAGUUGUAUAGCAAACUGUAUUAACAUUCAAGUAAAUGGGAUUUUG